UGAUUUUGUGCGUUUGAAAAUCUAACAAUUUUAGCUAGUAAUUAACAAAAUAAACAAAAAUUUAAAUACAAAAUAAGUGCCUUAAUAUAUUUGUGUGUAGAUUUGUAAGAAAUUCCAAUGGCAAUGUGAAAAAUAAUGCCAUUUAAAAGUGAAGUUAUAAUUGUCAAGUGAAGUGCAUGGAAGCAAACAAGUUGAAACUCCACAACAACAACAACAAGAAGCAACACCACAAACAGGUAGAAAUAAAUUGUGGAGUAAGAAAAAAAUCAAAUAAAAAUAUGCGCAAAUAAUGCUGUAAAAUAUCAUAUAAUUAUAUUGAUAUAUUUGUAAAUUGUAAUAAAAAGGAUAAAAUAAAAGAAUUUCGUUUUAAUUUGCACGUUUGCAAUUUGUUUAUUAAAUAAAAAAUUGUUCUAUUCUUAUGUUUUCAUCAGUGCUCGUCGAUUUUUAUAUUCUCCUGUGAUGCUACAACGGAAAUGUAAAGAAUAAAUAUUUGAAAUAUUUUCUAAAAAAAAAAAAAAAAAUAAGACAACAACAAUUUCAAAUUUGCCAGAAAAAGUGACUGCCAUAAACCCCGUUCCACUUGUUUGCCUUGUUCUGAGGAAAGAAUAAACAAAACAUUCCAAGAAUUCCAAGAAAUAUCUGGAGAUAUGUAUGGUCUCUCUCGUUCUCUCUCCCUCCCUCUUUUCCCUGUUGGCUUGUAAUAAUACAUUGUCAUUGCCAUAAUGACAUCUGGUGGAUUGCAGCUUGGCGAAAAUGUCUUUACGAUUGGCUGUAAGAAAUUCUGCCAUUCAGUCCAGCAACGGUAAAUGCAGCAGCAGCAGCAACAGCAGGCACAACAACAACUGUGAUAUCAGCAAGACAACAACAUUGACAACGGAAAGUCAUCAUCAUCAUCAUCAUAAUUGUCAGUUGCGAAAUUGCAACACGGUCUGUUAAAGGGUCAGCAACAGCAGCAGCUAGACAUUCCAACAUAUUACAACAACAAUUAUACUGCAACAAAACAACAACAGCAACAACGCCAACAUGAAUGCAAUAUCUGGAACAUGUAAUUAUUCCACAGGCAACAGCAUGAAUCCAAACACGCCGACAGCAACAACGACAUCGUCACUGCCGCCUCUGUCGUCAUCAUCAGCAUCAUCUGUGUCUGGCUCCCCGGCAGUGACGAAUCUUCUUCCCAAAAAUCCAGAAGAUUUCUAUACAACCGUACAAAAACAUCCACAGCACCACCAUCAGCAGCAGCAGCAGCAACAACAACUACAACAUAAUAACUAUUAUCAACCGCCUCCUGCCGUGGGCAAUUCUCAGCAGCAGCAGCAGCAGCAGCCAUACCAUGCUACGGCUGCUGCAACGGGUUUGGCCACAUUUAACGGAAAUUCAAAUUUAGAAAAUGCCACAGUGACCAAUGGUGGUGGUGCUGGUGGCCAGAACAACAACAACAACCACCUGACCAACAAUUCAAAUUACAACAACGGUAAUUCAAAUCAGCCUCCACCACCGGCACUACCCCAUCCCAACCAUAAGCCUCCUGCAGGCCCCUACCAACAUCUUGCCUCAACGGCAACAACACCAACAACUACGUCAUCCUCCUCAUCUCCGGUUGCUGUUGGCAAAACGGAUGGUGGCCAUACCUCUUCCUCCUCACCAUCAUCGGCGAAUAGUCUUCUAAGUGGUCCUUCUGGUCUUACUUCCGCUUUUGCCAAGAAACAGCAGCAGCAGCAACAGCAAUUACAUGCUUCCCGGGAGGAUGUUACCAAUAACGGUGGUGGUGGAGGAGUGGGAGGGGGAGGAGCAGGUGGUACUGGCGCCAACAUCCAUAGUCAAUCUUCAUCUUCAAUGAACAACAAUAACAAUAAUCAAUAUCAGCAGCAACAGCAGCAGCCGCUCCAACAUCAUCAUUCCCACAACUAUCCCAGCCAGCCAAUGAUGGUUAAUGGAUUUGGGAAUACCAGCUCAAAUAGUCAACAUAAUCUCAAUAGUAUAUUAAAAGGCAGCAAAGAAAAUCUACUGCAAAAUAGCUACAGUAAUGGCAGCAUUAGUGGCAGUACCACAGGCAGUGAAACUGGAGGUGGUACCAAUUCCAGUAAUCACAUAGAACAAGAUGAUCCCGGAGAUGGGUUGGGACCCCUGCCGCCAAAAUGGGAGACAGCCUAUACGGAGAGAGGAGAGCUAUAUUUUAUUGAUCACAAUACGGGCACCUCACAUUGGCUGGAUCCCCGGCUAUCGAAAUUCCAAAAGAAAUCUUUGGAGGAAUGUACCGAAGGUGAAUUACCCUAUGGUUGGGAGAAAAUUGAGGAUUCCCUCUAUGGGACCUAUUACAUAGAUCAUGUAAAUCGCAAGACCCAAUAUGAGAAUCCGGUAUUGGAAGCCAAACGGCGGGCGGCGGAGCAAAAACAAAAUCAGCAACAGCAGGCACAACAACAGGCUCAGGCCCAACAACAGGCACAGGCCCAAGCCCAGGCACAGCAGCAUUUACAGAGACCCCAAACUCCCUCCUCAUCGAGUGUUCUGAAUGGUGCCGGUGCUAGUAUUGCCUUAAGUUCAGUGUCCUCAGCCUCCACCCUAUCCACAGUGGAUAUAUCCCAAAGAGCCAUGCAACCCCCACCGCCCAUGGCAGCGCAAGACUUGAGUAGCCCCAAGGGAAUGUUACCCUAUAAAUUUACCCGCAAUCCUGCGGAAAUGCAAGGGGAACGCAUCACCACAACGCUACUGAAAUCGGCCCGAGGCCUGGGCAUAACCAUUGUGGGUGGUGAUGGGGAUGGUGUUGAGGAAUUUCUCCAAAUUAAAUCCAUUGUACCCAAUGGCCCCGCCUGGUUGGAUGGCACGCUGCAAAUGGGUGACGUCCUGGUCUAUGUGAAUGACACGUGUGUUUUGGGUUUCAGCCAUCAUGAAAUGGUAAACAUCUUCCAAUCCAUUAUGGUGGGUGACACCGUUACCCUGGAGGUUUGUCGUGGUUAUCCCCUGCCCUUUGAUCCCAAUGAUCCAAAUACCGAAGUGGUGACCACCAUUGCCGUGGAUGGCAUGUCCAAUGAUGCGGAGAAGCAGCGACGCAUGCUAAUGGAUCUCAAUAUGGAUGGAAAUUACAAUUUCCUGGAUAUCUCUGCGGCAAGCAGUAAUGGCGGAGGUGGGGGAAAUAAACUGAAUUUAAGUUCAAGCAGCGGCAGUGGUGGUGGAGGUACCUUGGAUAACAGCGGUUUUAUUUUGAUGAAAAAACCCGAGGUCCAUACCUUUUCCAUUAUCAAGGGGGCCAUGGGUUUUGGUUUUACCAUUGCCGAUUCCUCCUAUGGCCAGAAAGUAAAGAAAAUUCUCGAUCGUUCAUGCUGUCGUGAGCUGCAGGAGGGAGAUAUUUUGCUGGAAAUCAAUGAUCACAUGGUUAGGAAUAAAUCCCAUCAGGAUGUGGUACAAAUUCUUAAGGAUUGUUCCAAAACCGAGCCAACUUUGGUAAAGAUUCAAAGGCCUGUAAAUACCACCUCGCCGAAUGGCAACAAUUCCGGUGUUUCAAAGCUGAGGAAAAAUUUCCUGGGUGGCACCACAAGCAUUGGGAACAAUGCCCUGUUUCGCAGCAAAACUCCCACAGCCGAUUUGUAUAGUACCAUGCAAAAGGAAAUUUUACCAAUAAGGCCAAAAACACCCCUGGUGGAUACACGAAGGGCCAGGGUUAAAACACCCAAUAUGGAGCUGAAUGAAGACAAUGAAGUGGCGGCAGUGAAUAACAAAUCAAAUGAAACAGAUUCACCUCUGGAACGCUCCCUGGCCGAGAGUAAAUCUCAUUUGAACGAGGGCAGUAAAUCCCAGAAUUCUCUCUCCGAAUUGGAUGCCAUCAAUCAUGAUAUACCCUUUAUGGAUCCCUAUCCAAAAAUGGUGACAAGUUUAAGUGAACGCUUGGCCAGUGUGACCAUGCAGAAUGAUAAUGGUGCGGCAGCCUCAACGGCGACGGGUGGCUACUUGAGGACCACAGCCUCUGGGGUGGCCAACUAUGAAAACCAAAGUGAUUAUGUUAGUGGUGGUAGUGGAAAUUAUAGCUCCAUUUAUGGCCUCUCACAAAUGCCACCCACCAUGAGUCCAUUGAGUGGGGCUCUGUAUGGGCCGCCGGCGGGAAUUUCACCGGGUGGCGGUGGUGGUGGAGGUUUAAUGGCUCCCGCCUCUAACAGCUAUCACCAUCAUCAUGAAUCUUGUUUCUGUUAUGAAUGUCAAGAUUUUCGCUGCAAUCGUCUCAAUCAAUUCAAUACCCAGCCGCCACAGCAUCAACAACCCUCUCCGCGAAGCUAUUAUGCUGCCAACCACUAUGCCGGGCAGCAUCCAGCCCAAUAUUCUCCCGCCUCCUCAGCCAGUUUACAAGCGGCACACAUACAAAAUGAACGCAUGCAGAAACGGGUAAAUGAGCUGCUAAACGAUCGAAGGCGAGUGGGCUUUUCCCCACUGGAACAUCAGCAGCAGCAGCAACAGCAGCAUCAUCAUCACCAUAAUACGGGAGUUUCCAGUUAUUCCCCAUCAGCAUCCCAGGUCCAACAUCCGCACUCCUCCUCCGUCUCCUCCUCAAUGAUGGCACAUCAUGGCCAAGCCUCGGCAGGUCUAAAUAGCUGGGGUAAUAAUCACUCAAUGGGUUAUAAUAUUCUACAACCCGCUGGUGCUUCGGAAAUAAUCCAUCACAAUGGUGGCUAUCCCAUUUCAUCGGAUAUCAUAGAUGGUUCCGGGGAACAGUGUGUGUUGUCCGAAGUAACGCUACAACGCCAGGCAUUGGGUUUUGGUUUUAGAAUUGUCGGCGGCACCGAAGAGGGAUCUCAGGUUACAGUGGGCCACAUUGUACCAGGUGGAGCGGCCGAUAAUGAUCAUCGCAUCACAACGGGUGAUGAAAUUCUAAGCAUUGAUGGCAUUAAUGUGGUUAAUGCCUCACACCACAAAGUUGUUUCGCUGAUGGGCGAAGCAGCUCUGCGUGGUCAAGUGACAAUGAUAUUGCGGCGACGCACAGUUGGCCGGACACCAAACACAAAUCUACAACAGCAGCAACAUCAUGCAGGGAUGGGUAAUUCUGGACUACAACAGCAUCAACAACACCCACAUGCUACCAUGGCUUCCCAUCAAAUGCCAAUGAUGUUCCAACAACCCAUGAUGCAGGAGUUGCUCUCCAAUGCCCAACAUCAUCAAUUACCCUUACACUUACGCAAUCAGCCAACGUCAGCGGGGGCGGCGGCGGCUCCCUUACGUUAUCCCUAUGAUGUGAUUGUGAGCCGACAUGAAAACGAGGGUUUCGGUUUUGUCAUAAUCUCGUCGUCCAAUCAAUAUUAUGGUUCCACGAUAGGAAAACUCAUUCCCGGCAGCCCGGCCGAUCGUUGUGGCGAACUCAAGGUGGGCGAUCGCAUAAUUGCUGUAAAUCGCAUUGACAUUGCCGGCAUGUCCCACGGAGAUGUUGUGAAUCUCAUCAAAGAAUCUGGUCUACAUGUACGCCUAACCAUUGGCUGCCCCAAGGAGGGAGCCAUUAUUAAUGCUGCACCCACAAUGCCGGCCGGUAGUAAUGUCACAAAUCCCUCCUCCAUGGCGGCAGCGACGGCGGGAGGAGGUGGUGGUUUAUUGAUCAAUUCGGCUCAAGCCUCGCCGGGUCAGGUGUCCCAGACACCACCGGGUGCCGGUGGGGGGCCUCUACAAUUGCUUGCAAACAAUGACAAUAAUAUAACCCCCUAUUUUGAAAGGCCUCUACUGAGUGCGGGCUCCAAUAAUGGUUCGGUCGCCUCCUCAUCGACACAUAUGUCCGCCCAACAGUCACCCAGCGCCCUGCCACCACAAUUAUGACUCUGAGAAUUGCGUAUAAAACUCUUAAAGAGUUUUCUCUAGUAAAGGGUCCCUUUUUGAAAACUAUUUCACUUUUUUGAAUUUUUAAUUCUAAAAAAAGAAGAAUUCCAAAACAAUCACCCAGAACUACCCACCCACCUUUGGAAAUAAUUGAAUUUCAUUUUUAUCUUUUUUUUUAAUAAUGCACAAUGUUUUGUAUAUAGAAUUUAAGAAUUGUUAUACUAUGGACCCAUAACUGUUAUAAGAAUAUUUUAAUUAUGAAAAUUAUGAAAUGAAAAUCGAAACGAACCAUAUUGCCACUUAUACUUAUAUAGACCUUUCCCUUAUCCAAAGACUGAUGACUCUUAAAUAUGUUAGAACCUGAUGUAUUUUGUUUUGUUUUAUGCAACAUAAAUAUAUAUAUGACACAAAAUGCUAUAUUGACUUUCCAAAAAAAAAAUUACAAAUAUUAAAUCUUUACAUUUAUAUAUAUACACAAAAAUGUACACAUAUUUAUAUACACAAACUGUAACUACUUUUAACAAUAUAAGAAAAAUUAUUUAAAUUUAAAUUCAUUAUUAAAAAAAACACAUAUCAAAACGAUGACAUUAGAAAAACAUAUCAUUACCAGGUUACGAAAAACUAACCUAACAUUUGAAAACCAUUUAAAAGAAAAAUUAAAAAAAAAAGAAUAUAUUUAAAAAACCAAUUUCUCAAUAUGUAAUAGUUUAUCUUGUUAGUUAUUUAAUAGUUUAUUAGAAUACAAACAAAAUUAUAAUUAAUAAUGUUGUCUCAUAAGUGUUAUAUUUGAUAAGUAUGUAGUUUUCCCCUCCAUAUCUCUCUCAGACACACACACUCUCUCUCUCUCUCUCUUUCUCUUUGUCUCUCUAUUCUAGAGCUCCAUUUGCCUUGUACAUUGUUUAAAACACACAAACGAAACGAAAAACAUGUUAUUGCAUAGAAAUAAUUAUUAUAUUAUAUUGAAUAGUUUUUAAU